UCUUGAAAGGCGGCAGCCAGCAUCCGGCCGUUACAGAUUGAGAAGACAAGAAAAGCUUUUCCUCCUCAGCUCUGAGAGGUUAGCUCUGUUUGGACAUAAUGACGACACUCAAGGCCGUUAGAGGAAAGGACCAGAACCUGACCACGCUGCAGAAACCGAGCAGAAGUGAGACGAGCUGCGAGGGCCUAAACAACUGAGACGUUAUGUGAAGCGCGUAUAAAGCUCACUGCUGGAGAACUGCUGACUGUACAUAUCUACUACCUAUAACAGACGUUUCAGGACUCUGGAAAGAGAGACAUUGAAGGUCAGUUCAAGUUGAAUGACGACUGAAAUCUCCAGGAAGGCAGUUACCAGAAAUCAGGGCUACAAAUCACUUGCUAUGAAAAAUACCGCCUCUACACUGAAGAACAGCACAUCCAGAGUGAUCGCUACCUCGUGAACCCUGCGCCUCUACAGAUCGACAAGUUCACGAAAAACUUCCCCUGAGACUUUUCUCCACCAAAAUACAAAUAUCUAGAGGAGAGAGACUGUCAGAGGCAACCAUGAACGGCCUUACGGAGAUGUCGGUGAAGUGUGUCCUGGUCGGGGACAGUGCCGUGGGCAAGACGGCCCUGCUGGUCCGCUUCACCUCAGAGACCUUCCCGGACACCUACAAGCCCACAGUGUUUGAUAACACAGGGGUGGAGGUGUACAUGGAUGGGGUUCAGAUCAGUCUGGGGCUGUGGGACACGGCAGGCAAUGACAACUUUAGACAGAUCCGGCCGAGAUCCUACUCGCAGGCUGAUAUCGUCCUCAUCUGCUACUCCGUGGCCAACCCGAACUCACUGGCUAACGUCCAGCAUAAGUGGAUCGCUGAGGUUCGAGAGAACUUGCCGAAGGUGCCAGUGUUGGUUGUGGCCACCCAGACGGAUCUACGGGAGGUGGGGGCCUAUCGGGGCAACUGCAUCACAGCAGUGGAGGGGAGACAGGUGGCGCGUGAAGUCCGCGCUAAAGGCUAUCUAGAGUGCUCUUCCUUAAGCAACCGCGGCGUGCAACAGGUGUUUGAGUACGCAGUGCGGACGGCUGUAAACCAGGCCAGGAAGCAAGCCAGGCGACGGAUGUUCAGCAUAAACCAGUGCAAGGUCUUUUGACCCUUGACCUUGAUUUGUUGUUGCCCCUGAGCCUUCAUGAGAUGACUUUCGAUAAUGCGUCUUAGUGUGCUAUUCAAACUCAGUGAAGUCGUGUAGAGAUACAAGAACCCAAAGAUGUAUUUGUCUUAUGUUGGGUUCUUUUUCACUAAUGGUGUGUCCUCCAAGACUUCCCUAAACUCAAACCAUGUUUAAAACUGAGAAUACAUUGAUUUAGUGAUGCACCCAAUAGACCCUCAUGUAAAUGAACACAGAUAAAAGUUCUACUUUUGUGUGCUACAGGGACAAACACGUGAAGAAAAGAGUUUAUGUUUGAUUCUUCUGAUCUGUUUUUUAAGUGAAUCACAGAACAUCGCGUGGAGGUAUUUCAGAUGGGGCAUCAUAGAAUUGUGGUGUUUCAGAAAAACUCCAUUAAGAACUUUCACUGUGAAAGGCUUUCUUAAAUUAAAGCAUUUAAAGCUUUAAUGUUGACACAGCAUAUUGUUUCUCCAGGAGGAAAGUAUCUUAAUAUCUCAGCUUGUAGUUGGAUCAGCAAAUUAACCUUUGAUUUGCAGAAUAAACCACCUUAAAUAAAGUGCCUUUACUACCAAUAAUAGAAUGACACAACCAAGUACUUUUUACAGUUGCAUGAAGCUUUUACAUUGUGACUGUCAAAAUCAACUUACAACUUUUAUUAAUGAGUGCAUGUUAGCAAUUGUCAGCAAUGAUUUUUAACUCUUUGAAGAAGUGUGGGCGUCAGCUCAUAGAGUCCAUUGGCUACAUUUUUUGCUGUAUCGGGCUCUACAUAUAUCUGUGUAUUCAGGGGUUUUUCCUGCAUAAAGACAUUUUUGGCAGGAUUUGGGUUUUAGCCAGCACCAAAAUGAUAAAUAAAAAAAUAGCAAUUCAAAAUCCUCUCCAAAUGUAUUUAAUCAAUAGUGAAAAUGUGUAGAUAAAGAUAUACAUCGUAUAUCACAGCAUAGGCUAAAAAUAUUGAGGUAUUAUUUGUAAGCCGUAUCGCCCAGCAGACUGUACGUGGACUGAUCGCGCUUAUUGCUGUGCGUAUUCAAACACCAAAGGCCCAUUCUGAGCCAGGAAAAACCCUGAUUUUCUCUGUUAUUUCUUGAAAGAGGAUGACAUUUUAUUAGACAUGACGGGGGAAUUAACAGUCCAAAGAUCAAAGAGUAGACAUGCCUACAAGUUAUAUGUUUAGGUUAUACGUGGAAUUUUUUAAAUAUAUGUAUGUCAAAUCUAUUUAAAAGUGUUUGUGUUGUUUGAAAUGUCUAUAUCAGAUGUAUUGAAAUGAAUGAAUGAAAAGUGAAACUUUUGUUUUAUAUUGGUAGAAGAUACAAACAUUUCUAGAAUAAAGUAAAGGGGAAUUUUUACAUGACAUUAAAUUGAAACUCUAUGUCAAAUAUAAAUGGCUAUUGUGGAUUUUUUGUGGAUUGUAUUUUUUUAAUAUUCUUAUUUAACUGUAUAAAUCUUUUUGAAAAAAUAUUAAGACAUGACCUACUACUCAUGUAUCAAGCUGUCUCCUUUGUUCACUUAAAUUAAAUUAAAACUAAAGAUUAAACACAUUGAUACAGUGUUGCUUUAUUGAUAUCUGUACGAUUUUACCCAGAGCAAAUAAAAAGCUGUGAAAAUCAUCAAGUAACCUGCAAGUUUAAAAUAUAUCUCGUCAUUUUCCCCUGUAAUGGCUGCAUUAUCUUCCCUUUGUAUCUGUUAAUAUCUUUUUAAAGUUUGCGUUCAUCA